AUGGCCGCAGAAGGCCAAAUGACUGGACAAACCAUGGAUCGUCUUCAAGACAAACAAGACCCGGAAACGGGCGAACCGAUGCGACCGACCUUCAAUUUCUGGAAAUAUGAACUCUACCUCGACGACCUCAAAAGCAUCGCCGGCCUUGUCCGAUUGUCCCAUUUUGCCCUGCUUCUGAUAAUGAUGAUUGCCGCCGUCGCCGGUGGAUCACCCGGAGCUCCGUUUAAGUUUCAGAUCUUCCUCUGGCUCGCUGGAACUGCAGCGAAUGCGUUUUUCUUGGUGAAUGAUUUUAGUACCAGCGGCGCGCCGGAUCAACUUGGAUCCUUCAAAUUCACCUUCGUCCGAAUGCUCGCUUAUUUCCUCCUCUUUCUCAUCACCGUCAUCACUUCCCUCGCCGCCUGGGGAAACAACGGAGGCAUCGGGGCUCUCCAAGCAGCUGGCGCAAUCGGUACCCUUGCUGGAAUCUCGUUUGGCAUCUCUGCAUUCUUCGCUUAUCAAGCUCACAGCGAGUAUAUGUCUGCCGAAGCAGAGCGAGAAGCUGAAGCCCAGAAAAACUCUGACUCAAAAACGAAGGCAGAAAAGGAAGCAGAGGGUCCUCCAAUCGAUCGAACUACGAAGCCGAAUACGAUUUCCGGAAAUGACUUUUCUGAUCUUCAUGGACAACAACACAUGGAGGGUGAUUUCAACACACUUGCUCACCGCUCUCAGAUGAAUUCGCGCGAACUGGAUUACGGUGAGCGCAUUGGAUACCGCGGUCAAAUGCAAUACAACGAGCCGUACGAAGGGUCGCACCCACAGAUUAUGGAUAAUCCGCAGCCUCUUGCCACGCUCAGCCAUCGAAAUGACGGUCUUCAACGGGGAUUUCAGCAGGAUGAUAUGAGAGGAGAUCCUUAUGGAAUGGACAUGGACCCGUACGGGCGGGAUUUCAGCACACUACCUCGCGACCAAACUCUCGGGGUUCGAGGAGGCUUCGAAAGCCACGACAACACCGACCUACAGUAUCCUCAAGACUUUCAAAACGACGCAAUGAUGCUUGCAAAACAUCGAGCGGGUUUCGGAGAUGAUCAAUAA